AAUGCAGGAAAUGUAGCUCUUUUAUUUAAUUGACUUGGUUUUUUUAAAAUAAUACUAAUGAUUAUUUUUUUUUAUUAAUCAUAUUAUUCAUCUGAUCAUUUUUAUUUUGAUUUUAGCCACAGUCUUAUCAAGAGGCUUUUUGCUUUCGGUCUCCUACUCAACUUAAACCAAAAAUUAUAAGACAACGGCAAGUGAUUUUUAAAAAAUAACUUGAUAAGCGCAGUGAAGUGGGUUGGGCUAAACCGUACCGUGUACUACUGUACUAAAUUACUAAACUAAAAAAAAAACCACCGCCACAGUCUAACAGUAGACUCAAUAGUUUAUUGGACUGAACUCCGUAGUGUAGUGUAAGCCUAUGCAUAAAGUGGCUAAAGUCACUAAAAAGGAAAUUUACUCAAUUAGGCUAUUAUUAAUAUUAGUAAGUAUGCAAAGCAAUUCAACCGAACCGACACAUUUCUUGUCUGAAGUUUUGGUCAGAAGUGAAGUGGAGCAUAUUUAUUAUUAUGUUUUUUUAAAUAUUUUUUUGAAAAUUAAUAUUUAAGUAUAAAAAGGAAUGUAGUAUGUAGACGACAUUUUAGUGUAAGCUAUAUAAAGGCUAUAUUCUUUAAAAUCAGUUUUAGGGCUAUAUGCUAUAGUUAUAGGCCUACUGUUACUCUAGUGACUAGACUAGUCUCUAGUAUUAGUAUCUACUCUAGAGUCUAGUCUAGACCUUUGACUUUGGCUAAUUAAAUUUACUUAUUAUAUUAUAUAAUUAAUAAUAUAUAAUAAAUUUAUUAUGAUUUUGUUUGCUGCUCUAGCCUAGGAUUACCCUAAUUUAGGCUAGUAACUUUAACUUAAAGUUCAAGAAUUAGAUGUAAUUAUGUGAAUGUGAUGAAUAUUAUAUCAACAUUCCGUCGUCAGGCGCUUCUGAUCAGAUUGCUACAACGAGCCAACCGUCUGCGCUCUAAACUUAACACCUAAAUGAGAGAUGACAGCAAGCUAUGGUUAUUAAUAAUGUUUUCCAUUCCUCUUAUACAGGCCAAAGCCAUUUACUGUGCAGAACAUGCUUUCAAAGUGCAAAUUUUAGUUGUUUUGUUCUAAUUGAUACACCGUGCGUGCCUUCACUUAUUACUUUUUGAAGUUUGACAAUUGUAUAAUUAUUUUGCUCUGGUAAGUUACCUUUUUUCAUAUUUCUAUACUAUUAAUAUAUAAUAUAUUAAAUACUAAUGCAUUAUCUUAUUUUUAACCGAUGUUUGUGUGUUUUUCAAUGUCAAUAUGUCAAUAGAAAAUAUUAAAUUGAUACAUUGGGCCUUAAUGACAUAUUUAUACUGAUCCUCAAUGACAUAUUUAUACCGAUCCUCAUUAUAUUUCAGGUUACGUCUUCUGUCUAGCAUGGCCAGUGGUAGGAAAAUUUUCAAUCUUAUGAAUAAUAGAAUAUAGAGGAAAUUCAAAGAAAACUUUUGAAAAUGAAGAAGGAGAAUAAGAUUUUGAAGAUGAGGCUCACACAGAAGGUCAAGUUGCAGUUGAAAUUUGUGAGAAAGAUUCACUGCCUUAAAAAGAAAAGGAUGAUAGUGAUGAUGUAGGAGGUACUAUUGACAACUAUAUUUUUUAUUGGAAAAGACAUAAAAAACAAAAUGGAAUAAGAAUCAACCUUCAAACAGUGUGCUUUUGAGAAGUAGCCUUUGAAUUCAAAAAGUUUCAGGAUUUCCAGGCUCUGCAAAAAUGGCACAAAUCCCUCUUAACCCUCUGGAGACGUAAGGGCCGAUCUAUCGGCUCAAGGUCGACUGGCGCGAAAAACGUAAGUCCAAACUAUCGGCCAGAUAAAUCGCGCCUCACGAUUGGCUGAUAUAGCGUUGUACCAGCGAAUCAAAAUUAUUCUUACGUAUUCCUGCACAUCCCGGCAUUGUAAAGGCGGUGUUCGUUGAAGGUGAACUCACUAUAUUAGUUUGCAGGAAUUUUUUUUUGUGUGUAUAGUCACAUCGUGAAAUUCGAAUGUCUGACAGUGACUCUGAUCAAACUGUGCUUAGUAAUUUUUAUAUUCUUGCAGUGAAUCUGACACUGAAAAUGAUGAAAACAACCAAAUAAAGACUUUCAAAUUGAGGAUAAUGCUAAUGUUGUGAACUUUUGGUUUAGUAUUACUAGUAUUAAGGAUCCUCAAAUGGACAGAGAUGACCCCUCUGAAUUUUUAGACAACAUAAGUCCUAUAAAUAAGGCAUAUGCACACCAUUUGAGUACUUUAUGCUAUUUUCUUACACUAAAUAUCACUCACUUGUUAAUGAGAGAGACCAAUAGAUAUGCAGACAACUUUCUCAGUAACAUCCAGCUUAAGAGAAGGUGCCUAGGUCAUAAAGGGGGGCCUGUUACAGUGUGUCUGUAACAACUGAAAAAUAGGGGGUGGGGGUGGAAAAGGAGUAGAACCAUGUGCUAGAGGUGUCUGACGGGCCUCCAUGGGCUUUUUUUCCCCAAAAAAUAAGUAUUAGGACUUAUUCAGGCUUCAUCCAUCAAAAAAUUUACACAAUUGAUACAAGGAAGUCAUGUUUAUUCUAGGUGUAACAAAAAAAUUACAUGCAUAAAUUAUGCAAAUAAGGUAGCUCAUUUGCAUAAAUUUUGAUAUUUCAGUUUGAUUCAUAAAGAUUGUAUUAGUUCAUUCAAUUUCCUACAAGAAUAUAUAUAGUUUUACAUAUAUUAAGGUAAUAGUUUAUUUUUUAUAAAUUUUUUUGCAAUGCGAGUGUCAAGCUCUUAAAAAAUGCUCCGUCUUUUUGGCACAUACACCCCGAAAAGGCUCUGUCUCCAGAGGGUUAAAUGCUGGAGUUGCCUAUUCAGUGAUCUACAAUACAAAUCAUUAUACUGAAAGCAUCAAAACACAAAAUUUCAGUGAGAAAGAGAUCUAUAGUACAACAUAGGAAGAAAAGUACAUUGUUGGCCAAUGGUCAAAUGUUUUGAAUGAUAGACAUGAGUGGAAUCAACACAUAAAUUAUUCAUUGUGGAACUUAUCAAAAUAUUGUUAGAAGAAAUAUGUUUUUAAAGAAAGUAUCCCAUGAAUUAGUGCUGCUUCAACUUACUCAAAGCAGAAGAAAGUCAAUUUGUAAACUUCAUAUAUUAUAUUCAAAUAAUGUCUUUAUCUUUAUGUUUAUUUUUUUUUUUUUAAGAAUUAUGUACCCAUUAUUAAAUGACAAAUAAAAUAUUAAUUUCUAUCAUUAGUGUUUUUUUUUUUUAAAUUUACUUUUCCAUUUUAUGUUUUCUGAUUAUCUUAUUUAAAAAAAUAUGUUGUGUUUCAAUAAUCCAAUAAGAUAAACUUAUUUAAGCAGUCACUCAUUUGUGAUUUUAAUUUGGUACACUACUACUAUAUUGCGAAAAAAGUGCCCGCCGAAUGUUAAAUUAUUAAUUCAAUUUAAGUAGGCCUAAAAUUUUUAGUACAAAUUAGAUCAGUGAUCAGAGUAGACUAUAUUACUAUAUUAAUAAUUAAUACUCAGGGCAUAGGCCUCUUUUUCCAAGUCUAUUUUAUAAUCCUGUAGUCUGAUUAUAGGCCUACUCACUAUAUGAAUAGUUAAAAUUUAAAGUUAAGAAAAAUCCAGCAAACAGAAUUAUAAUUAUAAAUUAAAUUAUAAUAUAUUAAAUUUAAAUUUGUUAACAUGUACUAAUCCUUGAGGUCUACAUAGUAUAAAAUGUUUCAUAUAUAUUUCUUAUGUGUGUAUUUAUUAAUGAUGUUAAAUUUCUGAUGAAAGCAGCAUAAGAUGUUACCCUAUUUCACUGAUAAUUUAUUAUUAUUUUAGAAUUAGAUUCUCAAAAGCUUUAUUUUUUUUUAUUUUGUGUGUUUUAAAUUUAGUAUGAAUCACUAUGAAAUAUGGGUAGUAAUAGCUUAUAUAGUGAUCUCAUUGAACUUUUCAUUUCAUAUGUUUGAAUCUGCUCUUAUAAACCUUUAAUUUUACCACUAUUUCAAAAUACUAUAUUUGCAGAUACAUCUACUGUUGAUUAGCUUUCAGAUAAGAAGUGUGUUACUUGUUGAAAAUGUCUAAAACAGAGUUCAAAAUUGGUCGCCUCAAGGGAAGAACUGACAGUCAAAAACAUUUCUGAAACCAUGUAGCACAAAUUAUCUUAAGCCUCAUCAUUGCUCGCCCUGAUUACUAUGUUCUGCAAUCAUGUUUCAGUUCUGGUAGUACAUUAUAGACAGUUGCUUUCUGGUAUCGUCUUAAAUUCUAUUUCUUAUUAUUUCUCGAAUCCUUUUUCUGAUUAGAAAGUUUUUUUUUCAAACAAGAAAUACCCAUACAUUUUUUCCACCAUGUCCUUAUUUGAUAAAGAGAUAGGAGAUUGUGGAGUGAGAUUACAGCAGAGCUUAACUAUUGAUGACAUAGGUCAUAUUACUCCAGAACUGCAGGCCUGUGGAUCAUCUGAAUCUACUGGAUCAUCAAGUAUAGAAACUAUAAAUCUUCUGGAUCUUCCAUGGGAACAGGUUUUGUCCAAUUAUUUGCUACCGUAUCUCAGUAUUCGUGACUUGUUUAGACUGCGUGCUGUCAGUUCUGGGUGUAGGGAUUUGAUUCAAACUCACUUUGGUCUACAGUUUCAUGUCAACACCAGUAGUUUGGGUGAUCACUUUACUGCUCAAGCAUUCCAGAUUAUGACAAAAAACUGUACCUCACUAAAGUCAGUCAGUGUACGAGGAGCCAAGUCUUGGCUCAACAGUGAAACUCUGAUGCCUGUUAUUGGUUCCAAUCCUCGUCUUGAAAAAAUUGACUUGACCGGGUGUUCAGCGCUGUCAGGUGCAACUGUUUAUUAUAUUGGUGUCAACUGUAACAACAUCAGACAUCUCAGCUUGAAAGAUUGUGUAUGGUUAAAUGGAGACAAUUUUUUGUCAUUUAUGAACAAAAAGAGAUGCCUCGAAUUUCUGGACAUAUCAGGAUGCUGGAACCUAGAUGAUGAACUUGUUAUCCAACUUGUGCAAUUUACUCCUAGGUAAAAAAAAAUUUUUAUUUACUAAAGGCAUUAAUUGCAGUAGUUCAUUUUACCAGCUCGCUUUUAUUAAUAAAAUAAAAUAAGUAGACCUAUUUUUAUUUAUUAAUAUUUAUUGUAGAAAUCGAAGUUUAGCCUACUUAAACCAUAAAUAGUCAUGAAAUACUGCUUGUCUAAUUUAUUUUAUUUAUACCUACUUUGGGGAAUAAUUAAAUAAUUCAAUUAUUGAAUGUCUAUGCCAAAUGUGAUUGAUAGCAUUUUUAUGGAAAUUAUAGGUAUAAAUAAGUAAAAAUAAAUAUGGAAAAAGAACAUAUCUUAUAGCGCUGGAAGCUGUUUUAAAUGAGAGAAUACUGCAAACUGUUAAUGAAGUCAGUGGGUACGGAAAUAAAUAUAAAACACAAGAAGACGUAUGGAUAAGGAAAUACAUGCAAAUUGGCUUUAAACAAUAAUGGGGCAAAGAAAGAGUUAACUAGUGAAAGGAAAAAUAUACUUUUUUUUAAAUGUGAUAUGUCCUGUCCUGAAAUAUUUAAGUAAUAGACAGAAAGCAACCUUGACCUUAAAUCUAAUUAUGUGUCGCCAUAGUAAUAUGAGUGAUUUACUUUCACCCCAGUAUAAAGUGUUUGUUCCUUGCUAACCUGUAUGGAUUAACAGACAGAGCUGUUGGUGCUGUGGCUCACUGCUGCCCAAACUUAGUUCAUUUAAGUCUCAGAGGAUGCUGGAGAGUAACAGAUUGUUCUGUCAAGUAAGAACAAAUCUUUCCAUUGUGAGUAAAAAGGGGGCUAUCUCUUCUAUUAAAUUUUUUAUAUAGCUCCUUUCUGCUCUUUGAAGUUGUGUUAUUUUCGUUUAGCCUAAUAGUAAUAUUUUUUAAAGGAAAAAGAAAAACACAUUCUUGUUCAUAUUUUUUUUAAAGUAGGAAAAAUAGAUUUUCUGUCUGAUUAAUUUAAAUUGAAGGAUUAUAAAUACAUGUAAAAAUGAUGCUUUCAAACUUCAUUUCAGAUUGAUUUCUCAUUACUGUCUGAAGCUCAAUGCGCUGCAGGUAAAGGAAUGCAGGGAUGUUACAGAAGAGAGCCUUGGAUAUCUGCGGUCUCGCAAAGUCCGCAUAGAUAAGCCACCACCCCCUGGAUCAAACCUUCAUAGACUGGAGCAUUUUGUAAACAAUCCAUCCCCAAGGAUUAACAUGGUGCUCUAGCCCAUAAAGAGAGGCCAAUUUAUUUUCUGGCCACACUCCCUGAUAUUGUUAACUGUUGACCAUGUGAUAUUUAAAACUUAAUGAACAAGUUAACGAACAGGAUGUCAAAUAAAAAGAGCAAAAGCCUGGAUGAAGUUAUUUAGGUCAGGAACAUUUCAUGACUGAUGUCUUUCAAAAAUUUUUUUCAAUGAUGUUUAAUUAUUAACCUGAUUCAAUUAUACUUGAUAGCGGUCCCAUUUAAAGUUUUAAAAAAAAAGAAACAAGUAUUAUUUUAGCUUGAUUCUGCUAAACAAUUAUUAAAUUGUUGUCAUCUUGAGGUUUUAGUAUCAUGGUCUAGCAUGUCAGUUAUUUUAACCACAAUUGACACUUUUAUUUUAGACUCCAAUAAUUCGGUAAUGACAUUUGUAUCUAUCUGACUUUUGGGUGCUACAUUCCAUUUUUGAUUGUUUUAACAAGUUUCAUUUAAAACCCUUGUGAGUUGUUUUUUUUUAAAAAGGAGGGGGGGGGGGGGGGAGGGGGGAUGAAAUAAUAUUGUGCAUAAACUUUGAUUUCAAGUUUAGUUCUGACGCUGUGGAAACGGCUACUGAGAUUUAAGCACUUAACAUUUUUAUGAGGUUAAAAAUUUUCACAAGAUUAUUUAUCAUGACCCAUUAGUUUCAAAUAAUAAAACAAACAUUGUACAUCUUGGAUCCAAUAUCUCAACUGCUAUUAUGUGCUUAAAUAAACAAUGCUAACAUCUUGCAUAUCAAUACUUUAACAUGUAUUCGAGUUAUUUUUUAAAAUUGUUUCUCCCAUUCUAUAUUU